CUCUCCCACUCCUUCCCACUCCCUCUCCCUCUCCCUGUGAUUUCUUUAAUCCUCGUGAGCCCCCAACGCCAUCCCUCGCCUACUUUUUCUUCACCUCCUCGAUUCCCAUCCGUCUUUUUAAUGCCUUCGGAUUAGAUCUCGUCACGGGAGAGGAGACAGAGAAGAGAGAACAACAGGAAGCCGGCAGCAGCAGCAGCUUCGGGAGGAGGAAGAAGAAGAAUCCGAUGAUGACGACCAGUUAAGGUUUAGCGUUCCGUAUCACGUGGUUUGCUCGGUUGUUAUCUUGGCGGCUGGUCGACUUCGUGCUGACCACAUUCCCCUGAUUUCUCCACUUACAGGUGAUCUCUUGUUUUCCGUCUCACAUUCGGUUCUUCUCGGUUCUCAUCGUUGGAUUCCCCUGAUUUUAUUUGAUCUGAAGCUUUUCUAGUCAUGUUUUGUCGGCCGAUGUUUCUUUCUCGUGGUGUCCUUGACAUCACCAGAAUGUACAUGGUGGGGAAAGAUCAAAGAGUUCCAGUUCUCUAGAAUAAUUAUUUCGCUGCCGUAGAGGAGUUUUACUCUCUUCAGUCUUAGAAAACUGUUGCAUAGGAUUCUCUUUCUUGGCCAAAAUUGCAUAAAGAUUGGAUUUUGCAUGCUGAAAAACCCUCGUACAUGUCUAUCCCCACCUUUUUUUGAGGCCAAAAAGGGGCCCCUCUUUUUUCCAUCAACUUUUUCUCACGGUAGAAUUCUUGUUUUGGAAGUCAAGAAAAAAGAGGGGGUGCAAGAAGGUUAGUUGCGGUGCAUUAGGAGGAAGUGUGUGGAAAGUCUGUUGCUCUUGAUCCACAGAAAUGAAUGUCGGCAGUCUGCCCAUGGCAGCCCAGGGUGCUAGGGCAAGCCAAUCAUCCUUCAACUCCAGCAAUGGGAAUGCAACGCCUUUGCAUACUUCUGCUGCCAGCGUAAACGGGGAUGGAUAUGACAGCGACGGAUCUUAUUUUGCUCCUCCUACCCCAAGGACCCUAUCAAUGUCCAUACCAGCUGAUCUUGCUGGUGCUAUAACUUUGAUCGAUAGGUUUCAGGUAGAGGGGUUUUUGAAAUCAAUGCAAAAGCAGAUGCAGUCUGCCGGAAAACGUGGAUUUUUCUCUAAAAAAUCUGUUGGCCCUCAAGUUCGUGAAAAGUAUACAUUGGAAGAUAUGCUGUGCUUUCAAAAGGAUCCAAUCCCAACUUCUCUGCUUAAAAUAGACAAUGACUUAGUAAGCCGUUCCAUAAAGUUGUUCCUGUUGAUUUUGAAGUACAUGGGGAUUGAUUCUUCAGAUAAAAUAACUCCAUUGAGUGUUGAAGAGUGUACAGAGCUUGUUGCAAAAAUUUAUAAGCACUGUUUAAAGCGUUCUGAACUUCGAGAUGAGCUUUUUGUUCAAAUCUCAAAGCAAACUCGCAAUAAUCCUGAUAGAGAUUCUCUAAUAAAAUCUUGGGAACUCAUGUAUCUAUGUGCUUCUGCCAUGCCUCCAAGCAAGGAUAUUGGAGCAUAUUUAUCAGAAUAUAUUCAUUAUGUAGCUCAUGGGAUGAACAAUGAACCUGAAGUUCAUGUCCUUGCUUUAAAUACAUUGAAUGCAUUGAAGCAUUCAGUAAAAGCAGGACCGAGACUUACAAUACCUACACAUGAGGAGAUUGAAGCUCUGUUAACUGGCAAGAAGCUUACAACAAUAGUGUUUUUCCUAGACGAAACUUUUGAAGAAAUUAUUUAUGACAUGGCAACAACUGUUGCUGAUGCUGUGGAGGAAAUUGCAGGAAUCAUCAAACUCUCAGUUUAUUCGAGUUUCAGUCUAUUUGAGUGCCGAAAAGUUGUCAAUGGUUCAAAGUGUGCUGAUUCUGGCAAUGAGGAAUAUUUAGCCUUAGAUGAUAACAAGUAUGUUAGUGAUUUGCUGGCUGAAUUCAAGGCAGCUAAGGAUCGUACUAAAGGAGAGAUUUCACACUGCAAACUUAUAUUCAAAAAACGAUUAUUUCGGGAAUCAGACGAAACUGUAGCUGAUCCAAUGUUUGUUCAGCUGUCUUAUGUACAGUUACAACAUGAUUAUAUGCUAGGAAACUAUCCUGUUGGGAGGGAUGAUGCUGCACAAUUAUCUGCUUUACAGAUUUUGGUUGAGGUUGGGAGCAUGCAACAUCCGGGAUCAUGUGUUGAAUGGUUUUCACUUCUUGAAAGGUUUCUGCCUAGACAAAUUGCUAUUACACGUGCAAAGGGAGACUGGGAGCUUGAUAUUAUUUCCCGCUAUCGGUUAAUGGAGCAUAUGUCAAAGGAUGAUGCUAAACAUCAGUUCCUUAGAAUUCUAAGGACUCUUCCUUAUGGAAAUUCUGUCUUUUUUAGUGUGCGGAAGAUAGAUGAUCCUAUUGGUCUUUUACCUGGACGGAUUGUUUUAGGAAUCAAUAAGCGUGGGGUUCAUUUUUUCCGCCCAGUUCCAAAAGAGUAUUUGCACUCUGCAGAACUAAGAGAUAUUAUGCAAUUUGGUAGUAGCAAUACUGCUGUUUUUUUCAAGAUGAGGGUCGCUGGCAUCCUUCACAUUUUUCAGUUCGAAACUAAGCAGGGUGAGGAAAUAUGUGUUGCUCUUCAGACACAUAUAAAUGAUGUGAUGCUUCGUCGAUAUGCAAAAGCUCGCUCUGCUACCAGUGGAGUUAAUCAUGGUGAUUUUUCUCAAGCAAUAAGAACUCCAAGCUUAGAUAUAUAUGAAAAACGUUUACAAGACCUGUCUGGAGCUGUUGAAGAAUCUAAAAAGUAUACAGAUCAUUUGUUGGAAGAAUUGUGUAUGAGGGAGAAACAAGAGCUGGAGAUGCAGGAGGAACUGGAAAGGCUGAAAGAAUCAUUGAGGUCAGAGAGGCAAUGUCUAAGAGAUGUUACUUAUGACUGUGACAAUCUUAAAGCACUUUGUGAUGAAAAAGAUUCUUCUUUGCAGGCUGCAUUGCUGGAUAAAAGUAUUCUGGAGUCUGCAUUAGCAAGAGUGAGCAUCCAAGAACAUAUUAUGGAUGAGACCAAUCAUGAGAUGGAACCUGUAAAUGUAUCUAAUAAACAAAGGAAAAAUACAUUAACAGUGGGGAGUAUGAAGACUGAUCAUGUUGACACCGAAACAUUAAGAACACAGGAGGAUCUGAAUGCAUGUAUGAAGGAGUUACAUGCGUCAGAAGAAAGUUAUAAAAUUAUGCUGAACGAGAAAUCUGUGCUUGAACAAAAGGUCCAAAUGCAUGAGACGAAGAAAAACGAUGAGAAGAGUGCACUGGAAAAGAACUUCAAAGAGGAACGAAGAAAGCUCAAGGCACAUGUUAAAGAACUGGAGCAAAAAUUGGAGCGUGUUACACAGGACUUUGAUGUUGCUCACGUUACUCUUACAAUGAGAAACAGAGAACUAGAUGAUUUACAGAAUAAUUCAAAAGAGUUGGAGGAAUUACGUGAAUGGAAGGCGGAUAUUGAUAGAAAGAACGAACAAACUGCUGCUAUUUUAAAGAAACAGGGGGCGCAACUCAUUGAGCUAGAGGCACUUUAUAAGGAAGAGCAAAUUUUACGGAAGAGAUACUAUAAUAUGAUUGAAGAUAUGAAAGGCAAAAUAAGAGUGUUUUGUCGUUUGCGUCCUCUAAAUGAGAAGGAGAUUGCUGAAGGACAAAAGCAAAUAAUUGUCAGUCCUGAUGAAUUUACAAUUGCACAUCCGUGGAAGGAUGAAAAAUCAAAGCAACAUAUUUAUGAUUGUGUGUUUGAUCAAAGUGCUUCACAGGAUGAAGUUUUUGAGGAUACCAAGUAUCUGGUACAAUCUGCAGUUGAUGGUUAUAAUGUUUGCAUAUUUGCAUAUGGGCAAACUGGUUCUGGAAAGACUUUUACAAUCUAUGGUUCAGAAAGUAAUCCAGGGAUUACUCCAAGGGCAACUGCUGAACUUUUUAGAGUUAUAAAGCAUGAUAGCAGCAAGUAUUCCUUUUCCUUGAAGGCAUAUAUGGUGGAACUGUAUCAGGACACUCUCGUGGAUCUCUUACUACCAAAAAAUGCCAAACGCCUAAAGUUGGAAAUAAAAAAGGACACAAAGGGCUUGGUCUCGAUUGAAAAUGCAACAAUUAUGCAGAUCUCUAACUUUGAUGAACUAAGGGCUAUUAUCUCUAGAGGGUCUGAGCAACGACAUACUGCUGGGACUCACAUGAAUGAUGAAAGUUCAAGAUCACAUUUAAUACUAUCAAUAAUCAUUGAAAGCACCAACCUUCAGACUCAAUCUCUUGCUAGAGGAAAGAUUAGCUUUGUAGACCUUGCUGGUUCUGAAAGGGUUAAGAAGUCUGGCUCCUUGGGGAACCAGCUGAAAGAAGCUCAAAGUAUCAAUAAGUCCCUCUCGGCUCUAGCGGAUGUGAUUGGUGCAUUAUGUUCUGAUGGACAACAUAUACCAUAUAGGAACCAUAAAUUGACAAUGCUCAUGAGUGACUCUCUUGGUGGCAAUGCAAAGACUCUAAUGUUUGUGAAUGUGUCUCCAGCAGAAUCAAACUUGGAAGAAACAUAUAAUUCCCUGAUGUAUGCAUCAAGAGUACGAUCAAUUAUAAACGAGCCAAGCAAGAAUGUUUCUUCCAAAGAGAUUGCACGAUUAAAGAAGUUGGUAGCUUACUGGAAAGAUCAAGCAGGAAAACGAGGCGACGAUGAAGAACUAGGAGAGAUCCAAGAAGAGCGGCAUGCAAAAGACCGACCAGAUGGCCGACUCGAGAUGUAGCAUUGACAAAAAUGGAGGAGAUUCGAGAUCGCUGCACUUAUUUUGAUGUGAAAUCAUGGCUUGCAAAUUGUGGCUCAACUGUGCCAGCAGCACAUGUACAAUGGUUUUCUGCAGUAAGUUGAUGUACAGUGUAUUUUUGGACCUCAAUCUAUAAGAAAAAGCUCUUCAAGAGAUAGUUUUAUGUAA